AUCUUACCCUCUCGGUCAUAUUCAACAACAUAAAUAAGUAAAUAAAUAACAACAAAUGACAAUAAUAAAAAUAAUUAUAACAUAUUUUACAGAUAUUAAUCUAAUAAGGUAUUGGUGCCAGUGUUGGAAAUGUCGGCAGAGUUUGAGCAAGUGUUAAUGGUAGUGGCAAUAGUAUUUUUCCUAUUGUGGCUAAUAUUGGUGGGCCCGAGUGAAGAUGGCAACGUCCGGAUGUACCAGGGCCAGACAUUGGCACGUCCGGCUCAACAUCGUAACUUACGGAUGUACCAGGACCAUCACUUGAUAGUACUUCCGGCUCAACGUGGUCCUGUUUACACUGAGACUGCUCCUCCUUCAAAUACUCAGUUAAAUGAAGAAUCGAGAGAGAGGUGGGAACUGGACUUGCAUGGUAUGUACAGACAUGAGGCUGGCGUCGCUGUCAACUCCUUCUUGAGGAAACAUUCUGACGAGUCCAGAGUUCGCAUCAUAACAGGUCGAGGUCUACACAGUGAGAAGAACCAACCUGUCCUCAAGCCUCACGUAAUAAAUCUCAUCUCUCAGCGUGGACUUAGCUACAAGGUGGUAUCUAAAGGAGGCUGUAUUGACAUAUAUCCGAAAGCGCCACAUUUACAUAAUAUGGGGCUAUAUGAUUUAGAUCUUUCUUUACACUACUACUAAUAUAAUAAUUCAUUGUGUCGGGGGACAGGCAACCAAUGUAUAUAUAUACGUGUUAGGCUUAUAUCGAAGUCCCCCCAAGGGUCGAAUUACUCACCCUCCCCAGAAUGUAUCUCUUCAACAAGCUGACUGACUCCUGUGUGCCUAUUUACUGCUAUGUGAACGGCCGCAUUAGGUGAUAAAAAAUGCGCUCAACCAUUUUUGUCUCGCCCAGGAUUUGAAACCGGAAUUCCCGAUUGUGAGUCGAGAAUGACUCCGACUGAUUACUUCAGUAGAUAGUCUAAGGUUUUCACAUUAUAUAAUAUGACACAUAACGAGGUCCUUAGAUGUUUUUUUUUGAGAUAUAUACAAGAGUUGUUACAUUCUUGUCCAUUAGGUAUUACAUAUAAUUAUUAUUAGAUAAACAGGUAGAUAUUAGAUAGGUAUUAGAUAAACAGGUUUGAAGGUAUUACAUCUGUUCACAUAAUUGUAAUUAAAUUUACAGUGUGUUGAAGCACAAAAGGUAAGAUAGUAAUUAGCUGACACUGGAAUCCUUCUUUUUUUGUCUACCCAAGUAGCAAUUAAAGAUCAACUCAACCUUAGUCACGAGGCAAAGCUCAACGCCUUAAGCCAUGUGGAUACAGUCCACAGAGCAUUCUCUCUCAAACUGCUGGCUUAGGCUCGGCUACAAGUACCUCUGGAAGUUUGAAUGUGCUGAUUUAGAUUUGACUAAAUGUAAACUGUCAGCAGAACUAUUCGCAUACUUUGCGUCAUUAUAUAAUGAAAUUUGAAAAAAUCGCUGAAUUCAGGGAUAACACCAUCAGUGAAGUCCAAGAAAUGUGUAAGAACUUCAUUCAUAAUAAUAAUAAUAAUAAUAAUAAUAAUAAUAAUAAUAAUAAUAAUUUUUAUUUAGGCAAAGGUACAUACAUA